AUGUCCGAUAGUAGUGAUUAUUACUCAUAUGGAUCUACUGAUGAUGAAUCUGGCUAUUCCUCAUCUUCAUAUUCCAUUCGUGGAAAAUAUGGAAAGAGAUUCACAAAAGAAGAAGAUAAUUUAUUAAAGGAAUUAGCAAAAGAUAAGAGAAAUAAAACAUGGAAGGAUAUUGCAGAGUAUUUACCUGGAAGAACUGCAAGACAAUGCCGAGAUAGAUACAAUCAAUAUUUAUUCAAAGAUGUGGUUAAAAAACCAUGGACCGAUGAAGAAGAUAUGAUAAUUGUUGAGAAAUAUAAACUUUAUGGUCCACAUUGGGUCAAGAUUUCUCAUUUCCUACCUGGAAGGUCUGGAAAUAAUAUCAAAAAUAGAUGGCAUAACGCUUUAACAAAAUUCCAUGGUAUUCAACAUAAGAAUCCAAGGCAAGAAAGGAGAUCAAAGAAAGAAAAAUGGACAGAGGAAAAUGCUCAACCGGAAGAGUGUGAAGUUAUUCAAAGUGUUGUCAACAAUAACUGUCAGAAGGCAUACGAGAGCCUAGCUGAUAUAUUUCAGCAAUUUGAUGAGAGCAUAUUUAAUGAUUUUGGAGAAUUCCAUAUAUUUUGA